UGUGGUUCUUAUUUUUGAAGUGUUCUGUCGUCCUAAGCAAGUCGUCUUUCCGGAAGUGCAAAUGACUUAUUCAAACAAGAAACCAAUGAGCUGGGAAAAUUCGGAUCCAUUUUCCAAAGCGCGUGAAAAUGUUGCUAUGGAAACCUUCUCACAAAUUGCGGGGCUGUGUGGAGUAUAAAACUAGUUGCUCGGAAGCCAAAAUGUGUUAGAAAAAUGGUUCAGGAGCAGAUGAUCAAACUGAACAUUUUUCCGUAUUCUCUAUCAUUUGACAAAUUUGUGGAGUUUAUUGGAAAUGUUAGUGAUGUUAAAUAUCUCGGAAUUUCCUUUGGCACGUUGGUAGCUUUUUAUGGACUGGCGCUGAUCAUCCACAUGAUUUUCUCCAAAAAAUCCGAUUUUGUGGAAGAUCAAAGUUUUUUGACCCCAUUAAUUUCAAAAUACCGCAACAUCACCAAGAGAAUUGUCACGGUUGUCAAUGGAAUCGCUCUGGUAAACGGAUUAUCUCAUUUUUUCAAUGUCGGUUGGCUUGUAACAGUGUUGUGGUACCCCAUGUGGAUUGCUCUUUACUCUAUUAAAGUUUUCACUGAAAUGUACUUAAUCGUCAUUUCCUUCUUCUCAAUUUCAAGAUGCUUCGUAUUUUUCUCACUGGCAAAACCAAGUGUAGAGCUUACGCAAGACUGUGUCAAGGCUGGAAUUCGAUUUGUUCUGGGUAUACUUGUUCUCAAGGACCUUGUUUUGUAUGUUUCGUUGAUUAUUGUUUCCGAGGCUGAGAAGUUUGAGAAAAUUGGGACAAUCUUUGACUACUACUGUGGAAUCUAUCUUUUCUGUCAGCUUUUCCUAUGUGUCGCUGGCCUUUCCCAGCUUCCGAUCAUGUGUGAAAAAUCUAUAAUUGAACUGACACACCACGAAAAACAAAUUUACUCCCAAACUUUUGCAAUCGCAAUUUUGAAAUUGGUUCUCCUCUUCUGCCUAUUCGUUGCCGGAAACUUCAUAAAUUAUGAGAUUAUCAUCUCAAUGUUUGUGACGUCCGAUUUAUUCUUGGUCCCAUCGAUGGUUCUCAUAUUCGAAGUGUUCUGUCGUCCUAAGCAUGUCGAGUUUCAGGAAGUGGAAAUGACUCACCAAGAGGCCUGAAGCCGAUCCAUUUUCCAAAUAAUUUUUUUUUCAUGAAUAAAUUGAAUUUAUGUUAAUUUUUCAUUAGUUUUCGUUAAAAAAAGUGUCCUGU